GGGGCGGGGCCGCGUAGCAUCCGCGCCAUCAGUCCUCAGGUGGCGGCCCGGUCCGUGUUGUAUAUGGUUUUCCCAGCCAAGCGGUUGUGCUUGGUGCCAUCCAUGGAGGGCGUGCGCUGGGCCUUCUCCUGUGGCACUUGGCUACCGAGCCGAGCCGAAUGGCUGCUGGCGGUGCGAUCUAUCCAGCCCGAGGAGAAGGAGCGCAUUGGCCAGUUCGUCUUCGCCCGGGACGCCAAGGCAGCCAUGGCUGGUCGUCUGAUGAUAAGGAAAUUAAUUGCAGAGAAAUUGCAUAUUCCUUGGAAUCAUAUUCGUUUGCAAAGAACAGCGAAGGGAAAACCAGUUCUUGCAAAGGACUCGUUAAAUCCUUACCCCAAUUUCAACUUUAACAUCUCUCAUCAAGGGGACUAUGCUGUGCUUGCUGCUGAACCUGAGCUUCAAGUUGGGAUUGAUAUAAUGAAGACUAGUUUCCCAGGGCGUGGUUCAAUUCCAGAAUUCUUUCAUAUUAUGAAAAGAAAGUUUACCAACAAAGAAUGGGAAACAAUCAGAAGUUUUAACGAUGAAUGGACUCAACUGGAUAUGUUUUACAGGAACUGGGCACUGAAGGAGAGCUUCAUAAAAGCCAUUGGUGUUGGACUUGGAUUUGAAUUACAGCGCCUUGAAUUUGAUAUAGCUCCAUUAAACCUGGAUAUAGGCCAAGUUUAUAAAGAAACACGUUUAUUCCUGGAUGGGGAGGAAGAAAAAGAAUGGUCCUUUGAGGAAAGCAAAAUAGAUGAUCACCACUUUGUUGCCGUAGCUCUUAGGAAACCUGAUGGAUCUAGAUAUCAGGAGGUCCCUUCUCAGGAUGAUUCUAAGCCAUCCCAGAGGCAGUUCACUAUUCUUACCUUCAAUGAUUUAAUAUCAUCUGCUGUUCCCAUGACACCUGAAGACCCUUCAUUUUGGGACUGUUUUUGCUUCACAGAAGAAAUUCUAAUACGAAAUGGCUCUAAGUCAUGAUAUGAUUCCCUACGUAGAAAAGGGAAGUGAAAAUUGUUUGUAAUCUCCCAAAUUCACUAAAAAAAAUAAAUACUUGAUACUAUCAGACUUCACAAACAAGUUUUUAAAAAUACCCCAAAACUCUUAGUACUACAAAAGAGAACUCCAGUUCUGCACAGCCCAGUAAAAUUUAUGUUUACCUAUUCCAGUCCAAAUUGCAUUGUGUUGAGGGAAAUGAAGGGUGGCAGACUCUUUUAGUGAUGAUACAUGUGCAUUGUAGAAAAAAAUAAAAAUGCAAAUAUGAUCAAGGAAGCAUUUCAAUCCUCUACUUCAGAUACCUACUCUUAAAACUUUGGUAUCUUCCCAGACUGUUUUCUUGAUCAAAAGAAUGCAUAUUAACAGGGUCUUUUUU